AUGGAUAGUGUACAAAUCAUCCUAUUGACGAUAGUGGUUGGCCUCUUAGCUGUUGUUGGCUUCUUUUACUUCAGCAGCGUUUCUGGAUCAGCUUCGACCAACUCUGAACUUCGAAAGCCUACUUAUUUGAUCGUUGGCCGCAACGGCGCCGGCAAAACAGCACUUUUCUACAAACUCCAAAAUCGCGAUGAAAAAAUCAGCACCGUUUCGUCUUUGGAGCCUAACAUUUCGUCCUUAGCACUCCCCUUCUCAAGUGAGAAAAUCCAAAAGCCAUACCAGCUUAUAGAUUUCCCCGGCCAUUUGAAGCACUCGCAACUUUUGAGAAAACUCAUCUUAGAAGACAUUACUGUCCGCAAAUUGAAAGGCAUUGUGUACGUUGUGGAUUCCUCCAGUUGGGCUUUGGACCAAGAAGCCAAUGUCGCCGCCAUGGCUCGUGAAUUAUUCCAAUUGUUCAGCAUGACAGAGAAAGUCCCUAAUGGAGUUGAUUAUCUUUUUGCCAUCAACAAGCAAGAUCUCUUCGACUCCCGUCCAGUGCAUAAGGUGAAGCAGCUCUUAGAGCUAGAAUUGGCUAAGUUGGUGGCUGAGGAAGUAGCAGCAGGCCGCACCGCUGGCAGCAGUGGAAUCGAUAACGAUGAAGAGGAUGAUGCAUCUGGAUUACGCAAGGAAGAAACCACUAGAGAGUUCUGGCGUGCCGCAGUGGGCACCAGACCAUUUCGCUUUGAGCUUCUUGAGGGUAAUGUAGAAUUUGUGGGUGGAUCAGUGGCAAGAGGUGCCAUCGAACAUUGGGAGAAUUGGUUUGAUGAAAGGGCUGUCAACUACGGUGGCAUGUAG